CCUGAGUGAGGUCCCAUGCACGCUUUCAUCAAUUUCUCUCUCUAGAAAACGAAUAUCACGCGCUUACCCCCUUCUUAUUCUUCUUCCCUUUCUAUCUUCAUUUUAACUUCCAUCUUCUCAGUAACUGAAGCUGUAGUGGAGCACAUUCGUUCAUUUCGGUUGUGUCAGCUCCGGUUAUCUGCUAAUCCCUGGGCUGCAGGUAUACAGAGCUUUUUGCACUGCAGAUCAGUUGCUUCCAACAUGCUUAGCUGGAUAAUUUUGUGCCACUCUAAUGAGUAAACUAUAUAAAGCUUGUUGAUUUUCUCAUAACCAUGCGAUCCUGGUGGGGAUGGUCUUCAUCAAAAGAAGAGAAGAAGAAAACAACUACGGAAAGUUUCAUCGAUACAAUAAAUAGGAAAUUCAAGAUUGGCUCUUCAGAAAAAUCCAGUGGUAAGUCACGAUCAUCUCAAAGAUGUCAUAGCGACAAUAUUUCAGAGAAGGGCUCUCGAUCAAGAGUGCAUUCUAGGUCACCAUCCCCAUCCACGUCAAUACCAGUAUCACGUUGUCAGAGCUUUGUAGACAGGCCGGUCAGGCCCUGUGCUCAACCACUUCCACUUCCUGUGGUUCACCUCUCUAAUAUCCAACAUGGUGAACCUGAAAGUAAUGUAUCAGCAAAAUCAGCUACUGAGUAUGCCUUCAAACCAUUGUUGACCUUACCUCUUCCUGAGCCAAGACUUGAGCUACAUGGACAAGAUGCUAUGGAUAUUGAUAGGGACUUGCCAACUGCUACUGCUUCCUGUGACAGUUCCAGUGAUAUUGACGAUCCUACUGAUUCACAUCUUUUGAGCCCUCAAGCUUCUGAUUAUGAAAAUGGGGGUAGAACUUCCAUAAAUAGUCCUUCCAGUGCGAAGCAGAAGGUUCAAACCUCUAUUUCAUUCAACACAAAUCCAAUAGAAACUUCAAAGUCAGCUAAUAUUUUGUCAAACAAUCAGGCCGUUUCUCCACCCUCCAGGCGGAGGCCUUUAAGAUCUCAAGUACUAGAUUUACAGAUUCCUCGUCAUGGUGCUUUCUACAGUGCUCCUGAUAGCUCAAUGUCAAGUCCUUCAAGAAGUCCAAUGAGGGUAUUUGGGCAUGAUGUCAAGAACUCAGGUUUUUGGCCUGGGAAACCAUAUGGGGAUAUAACUUUUCUAGGAUCUGGACAAUGUUCGAGUCCAGGAUCAGGUCAGAAUUCAGGGCACAAUUCUAUUGGAGGUGAUAUUGGGCAGGUCUUCUGGCCACACAGCAGGUGUAGUCCAGAAUGUUCUCCAGUGCCGAGCCCCAGAAUGGCGAGCCCUGGCCCUAGCUCCAGAAUACAUAGUGGUGCAGUCACUCCUCUGCAUCCUCGAGCUGGAGAGGCAUCUGGAGAGUCUUCCACAACAUGGAUUGAUGAUGGAAAGCAGCCAAGUCAUCUGCUGCCUCUUCCUCCACCUCCAAUAACAGUUUCUAGUCCUCAUUUUUCUCCAUCAUAUUCGGCAGGAGCAUCUCCUGUCAUUCCACGAAGUCCAGGUAGGACAGAAAACCCUCCAAGCCCUGGUUCACGCUGGAAGAAGGGACGCCUGCUUGGCAGAGGAACAUUUGGACAUGUGUAUCUUGGUUUUAACAGUGAAAGUGGUGAGAUGUGUGCGAUGAAAGAGGUAACAUUAUUUUCAGAUGAUGCUAAGUCAAGAGAAAGUGCUCAGCAGCUUGGACAAGAAAUUGCUGUACUAAGUCGCUUGCGGCAUCCAAAUAUUGUGCGGUAUUAUGGAUCUGAAAUGGUUGAUGACAAACUCUAUAUAUACCUUGAGUAUGUAUCUGGUGGUUCUAUCUAUAAAAUUCUUCAAGAAUAUGGCCAUUUGGGUGAAGUAGCUAUUCGGAGUUACACUCAGCAGAUUCUAUCCGGGCUUGCUUAUUUGCAUGGUAAAAGUACAGUGCAUAGAGAUAUUAAAGGGGCAAACAUAUUGGUUGAUCCUAAUGGCCGCGUAAAACUGGCAGAUUUUGGGAUGGCAAAACAUAUAACUGGGCAGUCAUGCCCAUUGUCAUUCAAGGGAAGUCCUUAUUGGAUGGCACCAGAGGUUAUAAAAAAUGCUAAUGGUUGCAAUCGUGCGGUUGACAUAUGGAGCCUUGGAUGUACAGUGUUGGAAAUGGCUACCACAAAACCACCCUGGAGUCAAUAUGAAGGGGUUGCUGCUAUGUUUAAGAUUGGAAACAGCAAAGAACUUCCUGCAAUCCCUGACCAUCUCUCAGAUGAGGGCAAGAAUUUUGUGAGGCAAUGUUUGCAACGAAACCCACAUCACCGUCCCACAGCUGCUCAGCUCUUGGACCACCCUUUUGUCAGAAAUGUUGCUCCAAUAGAAAGAGCCAUUCUAAGUCCUGGAGCUGGGGAAUCAGUUUCUCCAGUUUUGCAGCCUGGUAUUGGGCAUUCUAGAAGUCCUCCGUGCUUGGAGACAGAAGGAGCAGCUGGUCUUCAAUCUAGAAAUCUAAAAUCUGUUGCUGGAAUAAGUGACCCUCUUAUGCAAAGGAAUAUAUCAUGCCCAGUUUCUCCAGUUGGGAGCCCGCAUUUGCAUUCAAGAUCACCUCAACAUAUGAGCGCAAUACUGUCCCCUUCUCCCAUUUCAAGCCCCCGGGCCACAUCUGGCACAUCCACCCCUCUGACAAGUGGCAGUGGUGCCAUUCCAAUGUUUACUCCCAAGUCACCAACAAAUCCAAGGUCCCAAAGCGGCUUUUACCCCAAUGGAAAUGCUUGUCAAGAUCUUAAACCCGACAUAUUUCGAGGGAUUCCUCAAACUCAUUUGUUUGGAGAAACACUUGCAGCAUCUGAAAAUGGUUUGCGUGGAGAUCAUUUUGGACACCCUGCCCAAGGGGGCCCAUAUGAUGGACAAUCACUAUUAGCUGAUAGGGUGGCUCAACAGCUGCUGAGAGGUCAUGUGAAAUUGAGCCCAUUAUUAGACCCAAAUUCAUGCUCUCCAGUUCUUGGUCACAACAACAGGGUAUAACUUGAUAUGCAUGCAAUCUUCUUCAACGGAUUACUUGUGACGUUGUACAAUCGCUGCUAACAGGAAAGGAGUAGAAGUAAUAGGGUGGGUGUAUUAGCAUUCCCUAGAAAUGAUACAACAUCUGAACUUCCUUUGGAGGGAGGGGAAUGAAAAAAUCCAAGGGUCAAUACCAACCAGCAGCCUCCAUUGCAAAGUUUUCAACUUUCAGUUCCUACACGGGCUGGGGUUGCCUACAAACAAAAUGCCUCAAUUUUUAGUUACUACUUUGAUAUCCAUACUUGAAAGAAACCAUCUGUGGUACAAUUCUUUGGCACGCCUGCCUGCUUUAAUGGGAUGGAAAGAUGGCCCAAGGAAGGAAGGAAGGUCUAGUUCAGCAGUAUUCAUUUACAUAUGUUGGGGGCUGGCUGGCUGGCUGGCUGGCUAGUUAGUGUAAAUUUUAGGAGGGUUCCAUUAUUGUUGAGAAGAGAAUUAAUUACCUCAGGCUCAGGAUGUGUAAGCUAAGCAUUUAGCUAGGUUCAGUCAUUACAGCUUCUAUAUAUAUAUUCUUUCUAGGUGGGGUGUGUAUGUGGAAUGAUGGGAGAAGCCCUAUAAUACUUACUAGCUGUACAGGUUGGAUACUUGGUGCAAGUUUGUAGGAAUAUGCAAUUGAAAGGGAGUAGCAAAAGCGCAAUGUUGCCAGUAAAACUAACUUCCUCCUAGUCCUACAUCAUUAUGGCUACAAGAAAUAUAAAAUUCACUACUCUGCCGGAAA